GCGCGGCGUGCUGUGGGCCGCGUCCCGUGGGCGCGCCGUCCUCGUGGCCAUGGGUGCUCGCGGGCCCCACGCGCUGGUGGACACCACGCCCGCCAAGACCAUCGUGGUGUACCGCAACGGGGACCGGUUCUUCGAGGGCCACAAGGUCGUGCUGGCGCCGCGCCGCGUGGCCACCUUCGAGGCGCUGCUGGAGCAGCUCACGGAGCGGGUGGCCGCGCCGGGGGCCGUGCGGCGCCUGUACACGCCCACGCGCGGGAGCCGGGUGCGGGAGCUGGACGCGCUGCAGCCCGGCGGCAAGUACGUGGCUGCGGGACGCGAGCCCUUCAAGCAGCUCGAUUAUAUUCAUAUAGUUCCCAGAAAACAUGCAAAUAUAAGAAAAUUGAAGGAGAUCAAACCAGUGGUGCCCUGUGAUAUCAAUGUGCCUUCCAGGUGGCAAACGUGUCAUCAUCUGUCCCGAUACAUAAAUGUUUUCACAAAUGGACGGUUAUUGGUCCCGCCUGUACGGAUUAUCGUACCCAAGUUCAGUCUGACGGAGUGGAGUAAUGUGCUGGCCACCAUUGGAGAGAAGGUCUUCCCUCUGGGGGGUGUGCGAAAACUAUUUACAAUGAACGGGCAUCUUUUGGAAAACUCAAAGGAUUUGCAAGACAACUAUUUUUAUGUGGCUGCAGGACUGGAGGCCUUCAAAUAUUUCCCCUACUGGCAGUGCCCAACGGUCCCCCACGAGGUCCAAGAAAAGUAUAUGGACAUUGAGAAGCACUCACAGAGAAAGAAAAAAGAGGACCCCAAAGGAAAAGAACCCCACCAACAGGCCAGCUCUGCACCUGAUGCCCAGGAUUCUGUCUUUUACGCCAAAGAAGAAAAGAAGAAAACAGUGGGAAAACCUUUAGUCUGCAGCGAUGCAGAAAGUGACGUGUAUAAAGCCCAGACUCCUAACACGGAAACCCAAGGGGUGCCGGAAGUUGAGGAGGCCCAGGACGUGCAGGUGGAGGUGCCUGUGGACCAGGGUUUCCGUACUAGCGAGUGUGGGGAGGAGCAGUCUGGCAGCUCCCAGGACUCACAGCGCGAUGUGCUGGCGGCAGCUCUGCUUCACUCUCCACAUCCACACACCUGGGAGGUGCGCUCCCGCCAGGUGCAGGAGCCCCCUGCCCCGGGGAGCCCCCCAGCACUCCUGGCUGCCCUCCACUCGCUGCUGCAGCGUCUCCCCUUCUCUGCUGGUUCUCAGACUCCUUCUGAACACAGGCUUGCUCAGCCUACUCGGGCUGUCAUGAACAAGGUUGGGGACCUUGCCAUGAACUUUCUCACUUCUGCAGUGACCUUCACGUUGCAGGCAGAAGGCUGUGGAGUCCUUGGAAGACACUUUGUGUCUCUGUUCGUCAUCUUCAUCGUUGUACUCCUCAGCCUCGUGGACCAUCUGCCCCGUGUCUUCACUGCUCAAGGCAUCUUUGUCACUGGUGACCUGAACCUGCUCCUUUCUUCUUCCGCUCUUGAUGCUGCAGCUGCUGAGUGUGCCACUGGCACUGAAACCAGGGCGUGUGUAGAUGGCUGA